GUUCUUUCGUACAGACGAGGGCAGCAAAACACUGAAGUUGCCCCGAGGCCUGAUAAACACGAGGAGCAUUAGGAGAAAAAGGCACUGGCGCGCGCUCACGUGAAUGCGCAUUGACACUAAAUCCGCUAGACUCCUAAAGCCGUCCCCACGCCAAGGAAAAUAUUACUGUUUUUACCGUUUUGUGUUUACGUUAAUGUAUUGCCUCGUAUCUGUUUUUAUGCGAAAGGAGACGAGUAAAUUAUUCAGUGGACUACAACUGUUUGGACGGACGUUCUACGCCUCUUAUUGUUGAGGAAAGGCCCCCGCAAGCGUUGUCGGGCCAGCGGUUCGGGAGUUGGAACAGCGACUUUCCGCACUAGCUAGUUGGCUUAAACAUAAAGUCGUGUUUCAGACCACACGACACGUUUAAUUCAACCAUUAUUCGUUUUUUCGGUAUUAACAAUGACCCGUGACGUGCGAAGGAGCUAUUCUCUGGACUGGCCAAAACGGUGUCAAAGGCUAAGCUAGGUUUUGAUCGUCAGUCUUAUGAAAGCUAAUGUUACGGGGUUUGUAGCCAAUGGGAUAUUAAAGUAAACUGUUUUUAAAACUUACCCUGUAAACGUACGUUGGCGUUUAAAGUGACUUGCCUUGUAAACCGUUACUGUUGAAUGUCCGUGGAGUCAGUAUGUCAUUUUUUAAUUUCCGUAAAAUAUUUAAAUUGGGAUCAGAGAAGAGGAAGAAACAGUAUGAACAUGUGCGAAGAGAUGAAAAUCCAGAGGAAAUAUGGGAAAUGAUCGGUGAACUGGGAGAUGGAGCUUUUGGCAAAGUGUUCAAGGCGCAGAACAAACAGACAGGUGUCCUAGCUGCAGCCAAGGUUAUUGACACAAAGACAGAGGAGGAGUUGGAAGACUACAUGGUGGAGAUUGACAUCCUGGCCUCGUGUGACCACCAAAAUAUUGUUAAACUACUUGAUGCUUUCUACUACGAGAGUAAACUCUGGAUCCUCAUCGAGUUUUGUGCAGGAGGAGCUGUGGAUGCUGUCAUGCUUGAGUUGGAGCGAGCUUUAACAGAGCCUCAGAUCCGAGUGGUGUGUAAGCAGACUCUGCAAGCCCUCAUUUACCUCCAUGACAACAAAAUCAUCCACAGAGACCUGAAGGCUGGCAACAUCCUGCUCACACUGGAUGGUGAUGUCAAGCUGGCUGACUUUGGCGUGUCUGCAAAAAACACAAAAACGUUGCAGAGGAGAGACUCUUUUAUUGGAACACCUUACUGGAUGGCACCUGAGGUGGUGAUGUGUGAGACUUCCAAGGAUCGUCCAUACGACUACAAGGCAGAUAUCUGGUCUCUCGGCGUCACUUUAAUUGAGCUGGCACAAGUUGAGCCGCCCAAUCACGAGAUGAACCCCAUGAGAGUCCUGCUGAAAAUAGCUAAGUCUGAUCCUCCUACUCUGAUGCAGCCAUCACGCUGGUCCCCAGAGUUCAGCGAUUUCUUAAAGCGUUGUUUGGACAAGAAUGUAGACAACAGAUGGAGUGCUGCACAACUUCUACAGGGUUUAAUGUGCUCGGCCAAAUCAGAGCCACUUAGUUACAUAGAAGCAGAGCGGGGCACACUAAGGAUAUACAGUGCAGUGCUGCGAAGAUUAUUAAGUGAAUCUUCAAUGGGUUUGAAAAUACAGAACAGCAGUCUGCCACCAGUGAAGGUUUUGGUAUCAAAGAAGCUGCAUAUUUUGAGACCAGCUAUUGAAUAUGUGCAGGAGAUUUCGAAGUUAAAGAAGCAUUCCUUUGUGUCCAGUGUGAAAGACAACAAGCCACUGAGGGAUCUUAUAGCCGAGGCAAAGGCAGAGGUUACAGAGGAGAUAGAAGAUCAGAAAGAGGAAGAAGAGGAGGAAGAGACAGCAGAAGCCCACCUGGGCCAUAAACGCGCCCCAUCUGAUGUCAGCAUUGCCAGUUCAGAGGAUGAAAAGAUCCCCCUGUCCCCCUCUAUCCUGGAGUCAGUCCCUGAGAAGGGUGAGGCCAUUAUUCCCUUAGCUUUGCCCCAUGAGGUUCCCCUUGGGAAUGUGUUGGAUUCUAGCUUUGUGGAAGAACCUGCCACCCCUGGAGACAAAGCUUCAAACACACCAGAUGGAAAAGGAGCGGUAGAAACAAAGUAUCCAGAUGAAGGAGGAGAUGCUUCCACACCAGAACCAGAGACUGUACCAGAAGUGCCUGCUAAGGAAGUACAGCAACUAGAAACUGCUGCUGAGAAUGAAAAAGAAGUGGACACAGCUGAGCUUUCAGCCAUUGAACAGACAGAGAGCAUAGGGGUCACAGAAACUCCUCAGGAAGAAAAAGUGGCUGCUGUGGAGGAACCAAACCCUGCAUUGGCGGAGGAAGGCGAGGAGAGCCCCUAUCAACAUCUGAAAGUGGUACUAACACUACCGGACCAUGACAAAGCUGUCCCAGUGGAGGAGAAUGGCAAAGAACCUGCAGAGGAGGAUAAAAUAAAUACAGAAGAUGAAAAGAAAGUGCCAGACAAAGCUAAGGAUGACAAGGAAAGAGAUUCAGACUCUGGCAGGGGCUCUGUGGCAGAUAACAGCAGUGUAGACUUGAACCUGUCCAUCUCAAGCUUCCUCUCCAAAACUAAAGAACCUGGAUCUGUUUCCAUACAGGACACUAAGCGCCAGAAAAAAACACUAAAAAAGACCCGCAAAUUCAUUGUGGAUGGUGUAGAAGUCAGUGUGACUACAUCAAAGAUCAUCACUGACAAUGAUACCAAGAAUGAGGAAAUGAGAUUCCUGAGACGCCAAGAGCUGAGGGAGCUGCGUCUGCUGCAGAAGGAGGAGCAGAGAGCUCAGCAGCAGCUCAGCAACAAGCUUCAGCAGCAGAAAGAACAGAUCUACCGCCGCUUCGAACAGGAGACCACAAGUAAGAAGCGUCAGUAUGACCAGGAGGUAGAGAACCUGGAGCGGCAGCAGAAGCAAACCAUCGAGAAGCUAGAGCAGGAACACACCAACCGUCUCCGGGAUGAGGCCAAACGCAUCAAAGCCGAGCAGGACAAAGAGCUGUCCAAGUACCAGAACAUGCUGAAGAACCGCAAGAAAGAGGAGCAAGAGUUUCUUCAAAAGCAGCAGCAGGACCUGGACAGCGCUUUGAAGAAGAUUAUCCAACAACACAAACACGAGCUCUCAACCAUUGAGAGAGACUGCCUCAACCACAAGCAGCAGCUUCUCAGAGCCAGGGAGGCUGCCAUGUGGGAGCUGGAAGAGCGUCAUCUGCAGGAGAAACACCAGCUAUUUAAACAGCAGCUCAAAGACCAGUACUUCAUGCAGAGGCACCAGCUGCUUAAGAGGCAUGAGAAGGAGAUGGAGCAGAUGCAGCGUUACAACCAGCGUCUCAUCGAGGAGAUGAAGAACAAACAGACGCAGGAGAGAGCCAGGCUGCCCAAGAUUCAGCGCAGUGAAGCCAAGACUCGCAUGGCCAUGUUCAAAAAGAGUCUCCGUAUCACUGGAGCCGUCAUCACUCCUGAGCAGGAGAGGGAGAAGGUCAAACAGUUUGCAGCUCAGGAAGAGAAGAGACAGAAGAACGAGAGGCUUCACCAGCAUCAAAAACAUGAAAACCAGAUGAGAGACCUACAGCUGCAAUGUGACACCAACGUCCGAGAGCUUCAGCAGCUGCAGAAUGAAAAGUGCCACCUGCUGAUCGAACAUGAGACCCAGAAGCUGAAAGAGCUGGAUGAGGAGCACAGCCUGGAGCUGAAGGAAUGGAGAGAGAAACUACGACCUAGGAAGAAGGCCCUGGAGGAAGAGUUUGCCAGGAAGCUGCAGGAACAGGAAGUGUUCUUCAAGAUGAGUGGCGAGUCGGAGUGCCUUAACCCAUCCACCCAGAGCCGCAUCUCUAAAUUUUACCCAAUCCCCAGUGUCCACUCCACUGGUUUCUAGGAAUUACCUGCAUGCACAGCCUUUACAUGGACAUAAGCACAGACACACACACACUAAUGAUAAAUAUGAGACUGAACCUGCUCUGCCUUGCUAUCGUCCUUUUGUUUUUUAUCAAUGAUCUUUGUAAUUCAGUCUACACUUGCUCUGUAUGACUGUGUUUGUGCUCAAACAGUCAUAGUUUGACACUAUUCUUGUUGUUUUGAAGGAAAAAUAUGAAGGACACUUACAGUUUUAGUGUUUGGGCCAUGACUUAUAACCUAACACUACCAGUACUCUAAAGCUCUGUCCAACAGUCCUUAGUGACUAAAUUAGUUUGAUAUAUUUUCCAGUGCCUGUAAUAUUGUUUUUGGCUUCUCACCAAUGUUUACUGCUCAGCAUUCAUCUCAUGUUUAGACUUUUGCACUAAGGAUUUUAUACCACUAAGAUUGGUUCUAUAUUUGAUAGCAGUUGUGUCAUUUAGAGUGGUUCAUAAAAUAGAAUGUAUUCCUGCAAAAGAAGGCAGCACCUUGAAGGAAUAAUGACGACAGGAAAUGUUUUUUUGUAAUAAAACACAACUGUCUGUAGGUGGUAUUUUUUAAAUCAUUAAGUAUUCAAAAAAACAUUUAUAGUGCAUGAUUUGAAUGCAACAUGUAGUAACCUUUAGCAGCAUAUCGUUUUAGGAUUUUUUGUUGUUGUUUUUCUUCAGGAUGCCUUGUGGUCUCAGGCAGGUUAAACCUUGAGACUGUAUUUAGCAGUAAAUGGUGCAAACCAUUGGUUCAUUGGUUGCGUACAGCAAAGAAGUUGUGGACGAGGGAUCACUGAUAGAUGGAUCACUGUGGUGACGAUUGGACAAGCAGUUAGUUUUGUAAAUUUAGAUAACACCACCCUUGGCGAGCUACAGUUAUGCAUCUAGUAGUGUGUGCUCUUCAGGGAUGAAAAUAGAAUGCAGUUCUUGCAGCCUCAGUCUCCAAACAUUGUAUAGCAUUUGAAAGAGCUGCAGAAUCCUUUUAGUGUCAUGAAACUGACUCAGCUUAAAACCGCUUUCAGUUUAUCUAUUUAAACAAAAAUCACAUAAUUGCAGUUUUUGUGUUUACGCUGUAUUUAGUCAUAUGCCUAUGUGUAUGUAGAUUUUCUGUUUUAUUAAAUGAUAGUACUGUUUUCAUUGUUACACUAGAUAAUAGCCUUAAUUAUUUCAGGAACAGAUAUACUGUAAACGUUUUAUGAAGCCUUCAAAGACAUAGACUCUUGGUGUUAUGAAGCACAGUAAUGCUUUUUUUUAAUGCAUAGUAAUUCAAAGAAAGAAACAGAAAAUAAGCUUAUAGCAUUUUCACCUUAGGCUGAUUUUGAAUGAUGCUAAAGCGGUGUAGUACUUGAUAGACCUGACUGGUUUAGGUCAUUGUGAAUUCCGAUUUAUUCCGGUUUACUUUGUCAUCUCAUUUUCUGUAUGAUUGGAUUUAAGGUCUGUCAAAUGUGUUUAAUACCUGAGGUGUUAAAUGCAUUUAUCAUUCUGAAGAAGUGCUGUGCACCUUGGCAACACGUUCUAAUAGCUAUUUAUAUGAAAUGCCACAUGAUUAGUGCUGUAAUUUAUUUGCUUGACUUAAGAGUAAAAACACAAAAGCGGUUCGGUCAGUUCUAGUCUUGUCAGCUAGAUUAUGUGAAACAAAUUGAUUAAAUUGUUGUGAUGAAAUGACUGAAAAAUAUCGUUCAUAUUAAAAUCAUUAUACAUAAAAAAACAAUUGUAUAGUUUUUAGGAUAGCUGUGUAAUGUAGAUUUAACAUUUUCUGUAAAUAAACAGUUUCCACUUAA